UCAAACUAGGAUGCUCCGUUAAUUCAUGGAGGAAUGUAUUAACUUAUAAAGGAACAAUGGCGACGCGCAUGGCGAGUCGUGUAAUUAGAGCUGGCAGACAGAAGUUAAUUCGUGCCAAGUCAAGUCGACGUGAGUUCUGUAGUAGUGUCCCAUCGAGUGCUGACAUCGUUUCAGUGCCACUGUCAAAACCAGUCCCUAGUUUUCCUGUGCCAAAAUAUGCGAACGUCGGAGCCCAGACUGAUGAGACCAAAGUCACUGUACUUGAGAACGGUCUUACUGUGGCCUCAGAAAACAAGUUUGGACAGUUUUGUACUGUUGGAGUUGUGUUAAACUCUGGGUCUCGCUAUGAAGUUGCUUACCCAAGUGGAAUCUCACAGUUUUUAGAAAAGCUGGCAUUUUGUUCAACAACAUUGUUUGAGGACCGAGAUCAGAUUUUGCAGGAAUUGGAGAGGCAUGGAGGGAUAUGUGAUUGCCAGGGCUCCAGAGACACAUUAAUUUACGCUGCAUCAGCAGAAAUAAGUGGUCUACCGAGUGUAAUGAAUAUCUUAUCAGAAGUUGUUCUUCGACCAAGGAUUACACAGGAUGAGCUGGAUCAAGCAAGACAAGCAAUCUCAUUUGAACUGGAGAAUCUGAACAUGAGACCGGAUCCAGAACCUCUCCUUAUGGAGAUGAUCCACGCCGCUGCUUACAAACAAAAUACUCUUGGACUUCCGAAGUUUUGCCCCACGGAAAAUAUCAAUUCCAUAUCGCAGAAGAUUGUGUACACCUACUUGAAGAACUUUCACAUACCACAGAGAAUGGUGGUGGCCGGAGUGGGCAUUGAUCACCAGUGGCUUGUCGACUUGGCCAAGGAACAUUUCAUUGACAGACGCAUGCCAGUAUGGACAGAAAACAAACACUUCAUCGACGACAGCAAGUCCAUUGAUACAUCGGUCUCACAGUACACUGGCGGAAUUGUUCAGGUAGAGAAGGACCUGUCUGACGUAAGUCUGGGCCCGACACCCAUUCCCGAGCUGGCACAUGUGGUGAUUGGCCUGGAGAGCUGUUCUCACAAGGAUCCCGACUUCAUCCCGUUCUGCGUCCUCAACAUGUUGAUGGGAGGAGGAGGAUCCUUCUCUGCUGGUGGUCCCGGGAAGGGAAUGUACACGAGGCUUUACCUGAAUGUGCUGAACAGGUAUCACUGGAUGUACAAUGCCACAGCAUACAACCAUGCCUAUGAAGACAGCGGAUUAUUCUGUAUUCAUGCCAGUGCCCACCCAUCAAAGCUGAAAGACCUUGUGGAAGUAAUAGUUAGAGAAUUUGUUAGUAUGGCUGGAAAAAUUCACAGUGAUGAGCUACAGCGAGCUAAGAGGCAGCUGCAGUCUAUGUUGAUGAUGAACCUGGAGGCCAGACCCGUCGUAUUUGAGGACAUUGGCCGUCAGGUUCUGGCCAGUGGUCACCGCAAACAGCCGCAGUAUUUCUACGAUGAGAUUGAAAAGAUUACCGCGAAUGACGUCAGACGAGUGGCUUCGCGAAUGUUACGAUGUAAACCAGCUGUGGCCGGUUACGGUACGCUGCAGCAGUUACCGAGCUACAGUGAAAUUGAGGCUGCUCUCUUGACAACCGACGGGAAGCUGUCAAAAAGGUUUUCACUGUUUAGGUGAUCUAGAGACGUGACAGUUCAUUCAAAAUACCAAAGCAUCAUUCUGGACAGAGCUGCAUUGUGUGUGGGUCGUUUGUGUUUUCUGCUUAGAGAAGGAUUAUUUUAUUUGACCAUCAGACAGAAAUGCUCGUACUUAUUAUGUCAUGAUAUGACAAGUUAUUAAAUUUUUGUGCAGUUGAGGAAAAUAAAUAUUUCAUUUGUUGGACGGCAUAAUACAAAAUUAUCUGUAAUUCUGAAUGUUUUUAUUCUUAUGCAGGGCUAGUUCUGGCACUCUCCAAAUUCAUGAAUUGUGAAUUUCAAAAACAAUUGGCAAAUUUUAUUUUAAUUUGUUGAAAUAAUUUCAUAUAAUAAUUAAUAAUUUGUUACAAAAUAACUGGGUUUCUGCAAUUUUUAAAGUUUAACACAUAAUUUGGCGAACUUUUCUGCUGACCCACGAGAGCUAGCCUUGCUUAUGUCACAGAUACAAUUUUUCAAUCAGAAAAUUACUUUUUGCUUCCAUUUAUAUAAAUAAUAGCAGCAAAGAAAUAAAUAUGUUUAUCUCUUCAUAUAAUAACCUUUGGGUUAUUAACUUGAUAAAAUAUUUGUUUUAAUUUGUAUAUAAUUAUUGCCUUAUCAGGACUCGAAAUUAAGAAUUUAUUACCUACGGCAAUUUUUUGAAAUGUUUUUGCCAGAGGUGAAAUGUUCACUGACCGCAAUUUUGAGAGUGCAAUUUUAAAUCGGUAACUUUAUCAACAAAUAAAAAAAAAACCUACCUAAAAUAAAAUAUUAAAAUAAAAAACUGCUGUCGGUGUAGCCCCUAAGUUCGAGCCCUGCCUUAUAUUUCUUUACUGCCAAAAAUGUAUUGUUUAUUAUUAUAUAAAAAGAAAUACUGAG